ACAGAAUCAGCUGCUGUGGCUUUCAUGAGCUACACCACAAUGGAGAACGUGCUGAGACCUGACUUCUUCAACACAUCAGAUGACACAGUUAAAACCAUGAUGUCCACUGUGAUCUCAGCUACUCUUCCCAAAACUGACAACAAGUGUGUUGUUGUAAAGACCAACAGCAGCCACACUGUGUGUUCCUGUGAUCAUCUGUCAACAUUCGCUCUCAUCAUGCAAACCAGCAGCCCACCAGAGGAUGAUGCACUGAUGGAAAUAUUGAAUUUGGUGGCUGUGAUCGUGGGGCUGGUGUUCCUCAGUUUGGCCCUGUUGACUUUUGCUUUUUGUCGGUGGAAUCCUGGAGUGAACAAUGUGGCUCGAAUCAACAUCUGCUUGAGUCUGCUGUUGGCUCAUUUUCUGUUCUUACUCACACAACAGUCCCUGAACUACAUACACCCUAACCAGGUGUUGUGUGCAGUGAUAUCAAGCAUUCUGCAAUUCUUCUUUCUCUCCUCCUUUGUGUGGAUGCUCAUUGAAGCUGUGCUGCUUUUCAUCUGUGUGAAGAACCUAUCACAGAUCAGCUCCAUACAGAGGGAGGUGCUUAGCAGCAGAUUCAUGAUUGUGAUUGGAUAUGUGAUUGCCCUGGGUGUGGUGGGCAUGUCUGUCGGACUGAUUGCUGAGGGUUAUGGCGGUGAAAAAUGUUGGAUUAAAAUAGAUGAGAGAGGUUUAAUCUGGAGUUUUCUGGGACCUGUUUGUACCAUACUAGCAUUAAAUAUGAUUCUCUUCAUCAACAUUAUCGUCAGUCUGAACUCAACUCUCACAAAACUGAACGCUGCAGUUUCACAGAUGAAACAAUUCAAGACUCUGAUUGACUUGAUUUACAUUUGACAUUGCUAUUUGAUGAAGAAACAACAUGGAAGUAAUGUCACGAUGCGGGGAAGACAGGACCCAAGAGCAGAAGAAUACAGUCAAUUGGAUUUAUUAAACAAACAACCAAAAUGUCUCUUUCAAACAAAGAAAGCCCAGGCCACGGUUUCCUUGACACGCAAGCAGAAACGAGGAAUCCUCCUCCAACGAAUGGGUGCUGAUCACGGGCAAAACAGAAGGUAACCACCCUUCUGAAAAACAGCACCAAAACACUCACAUGGACAAUCACAGUGGCAAACACGGCAGUACAAACAAUGAUCAGACAUGACAUAUGCGGGGGUUUAAAUAAGAGAAACAAACACAGUGCAGGUGUCGCUUGCAGCUGAAGGUUGUAAUGAUCAACGUUUCCAUGGGAAUGCUGAUUCAGCAUGCCAGUGACACCUGAAACGCAUAAGGGCAAAACUUAAAUGUGCUUUGACAGAAACAGACGAGGGAACAAUGAUGCCACAGUCCUCGUCAGGCAAUCACGCAACCUGGCAAGAUGCCAUGACAGUUACAUCACCGGAGGGCGCAUGGUGGCAAAUUGCACACAGCGAUAACCCACUGCCAGACCCGUGCACCCACACAAGACAGACAGGGGACGAUGAUGCCAUGGUCCUCGUCAGACAAAACCCAACCUGACCUGUUAACAAGACCAUGACAUCACCGGAGAGUGCACGGCAGUGACAUGUGCAUGCUCACACAAAGGGGGAGCACAAAACACAGAGGCAGGCCGAUAAUGCCAUGGUCCCAUCAGGUAGAACCUCAACCUGACAAGGUGACUGGACUGUGACAAGUAAACUAUAGCAAGUACAACACAUGAGAAGUAUGAUAUGACUAUUGUCAUUUGGGUGUACUAAGUUGUGCAUCUAUUUAUUCUCAAAAAGUGCCUGAGAUUAUGUGUAGCUCAAUGUGUGUCUGA